ACUUAUAGACACUGUUAGUUUAGUAGCCUUUCUAACCCUCCAAACACAUGGCAACCGAAAGAAGAUUAGAAGGCAAGGUGGCUCUAAUCACUGGAGCAGCUACGGCCAUAGGAGAGUGCAUUGCACGGACCUUCCGUAAACAAGGAGCUAAAGUGGUAAUCGCGGACAUUCAAGACGACUUAGGUCAAUCCGUAGCGAAUGAUCUCGGACACGACGUAGCCAAGUUCAUACAUUGUGACGUAACCGUAGAAUCGGACGUCAAAAGAGCCGUAGACGCUGCCGUAUCCAUUUUCGGUAAGCUCGAUAUAAUGGUGAAUAACGCAGCCGUGGCUGAUCCACGCAAACCUAACAUCACCGACAAUGAAUUAGCUGAUUUUGAAAAAGUGUUGAGCGUAAACUUGGUAGGACCUUUCCUAGGCACUAAACACGCUGCUCGAGUAAUGGUUCCAGCUCGGCAGGGUAGCAUUAUUACGAUCGGUAGUGUCUGUUCGAGCAUCGGCGGCGUUGCUUCUCAUGCAUACACAAGUACGAAGCAUGGAACUGUAGGUUUAGCAAAAAAUGCUGCUGCUGAGCUCGGACGGUAUGGAAUUAGGGUUAACUGUUUGUCUCCUUAUUUUAUCGAAACUCCUUUAGCUACGAAAUUCUUCAAGAUGGAUGAAGAUGGAAGUCGCGGUGGUGUGUAUUCCAAUCUUAAAGAGGUGAAAUUGAAGCAAGAAGAUGUUGCAGAUGCUGCAGUUUACUUGGCAAGUGAUGAAUCUAAGUAUGUUAGUGGACAUAAUCUAGCAUUAGAUGGUGGCUUUACAACUAUCAAUCCAUCUUUUGGCUUGUUUUCUAGAAUUUAGAUUGAAUUUCUUUGCAUGCACUAUCCCAUUAAUGUACCUAUAUUAAACUUUGUUUUUGAAACGACGGGCAAUAAACUUUGUAUUUUACUCAA